CUCCAUGAGUCCAUAGUCCGAGGUCCAGUCUCCUCCUCCCACUUUUCUCGUCAUUCCAGUCUCCCGAAGCUCCGGACCACGGGUCGUCGACAAGAGGCCAGUCAUUGCCUAGGCCGACUACCUAGACUAGUCCAUAGCGUCUGCUCAUCUCUUCACUCUCUUUGGCUGUCGUCUUUAUAUCCUUCGUUUCAUUGUGGCGAUCUUGGUCCAGAUAAGUACACACUACUCCUGUGCGUGGCGGUGGUGAACAUGGGAUCAUGAUGCUCGCAAGCGGUCGACCUUCGGAUGUAAUGCAUGGCAGCGACAAGGAGCGAUGAAAGAUGAGAGAUCACAUAUACAUACCGCAUACAGGGCGGCCUGUGAGAGGGCCGACGAGGACCAUACAAGACAGAGUGAUGGCCGCACGCUUAGACAAUGUGGCUCCCCUACAUGUCGCUCCCAUGCUGGCCGCCGCUGUCGUGGGCCAACCCAGAGUCGGGGAUAGAGACUACCAGAGGCUACUUGGGCACGCUAUCGACUAUACGGAUCUGUUCGGCACUGAAUGUGGGCGUGGUGGGCGUCCUUCGCAGUAAGCGGACGCGUUAGUGGGCGGGAUUGACGCCUAACCCGCAAAAGGGCGAUCCCAAAUGAUAAGGAACUUUGCCAUGAUAAAAGCUGCUUCUCCAUCCUCUUCUCGGGCAAACUCCUUUUUUUAUUUUUAUUUUGAUAUCAGCAAGAUUCACAUCGCGACCACGAGAUACAACCCCCCCCCACCCGCUUUGUACACACUAGAGAUCACCAUCUCCCCAUCCGGUCCCCAUCCAUCAAACCAUACCAAGGAGGGGGCCCAUCGACUAGCUAGGAAGUGACCUCGAGAUACCAGGAAAACAAACCGGUUCUACGUCACCGCCGAAGCCGCAGCAGCCGCAUUAUUAUCUUUUUUUUCCCUUCAUUUUAUUUGAUUUUAUCUUGUUUUUCCGAGAAAUAGGAUCCCGCCAUCCAGUUCGGUCCAUUCCGAGAGUGUCACUCAUUCCCCCGCUAGUUCCAAAGCAUCAUACGCAGUACAUACCUCCCGGUCUACAUACCCCCCCCCUCACGACCUCUGUCGCGCCAAAUUAAUCGGCAUGGCUCGCAAAAAGAAGUCCAGCUCCACCAAGACCCCCGGUCUCCCUGGCCAACCCCAGACGCAGGGUCACCUCUCGACGGUCCCCAAAAAGGUCCCCAUCGACCACCGUCCCGAGACUUCUCCAUAUGCCAGCCCGGCAUGCAACCUCCCCUUCGCCAGCCCUAUGGUGGUUGCCCUUGAUGUCCUCAAGAACAAGGCCCCCAAGCUCUAUGCCGCCUACGACAGCCAGAGCCCAGAACUCCCAACCGUUUCCGAGGAGAUUGGCCAUGUCAUCGUCCACUACCUCUACACCAACAAGUACGAGUCUCUCAAGCCUGUGGGUGCCGAUAAGCUGGCCAAGCAAAUAGUCGAGCUCAAGACGGCCAUCAAGGUCUACAUCUUGGCCCGUGCCUACGAGCUCCCCGACCUUGUUCGUCUUGCCGAGCGUAACAUUGAGAAGUUUGGCGAUGGCAUGGCCCUUCCCACCCUCCUUGAGGUCGCCAGUGACGCGUACCCGAGCCUUGUCGACACCGACCAGUGGUUCAUCGGCUACCUCAAGAAGCGUAUCAGACUCCACCUCAACGAUGCCAGCUCCCUCCUCGGCACCGAUCUCUUGAACCGCCUCAGCCACAUCCUUUCCCCCAACAAGAUCCUGCUCAGGAUCGUUCUCGAGGUCUGCUGCGAGCAGAUGACCAACCCCAAGCAGGGCCUUGCCAGCCCCAUCACCACCGCCGAGUCCUCCCGAGCCACCUCGAGGACAAGGGAUGUCUCUCAAGACGAACGCAAGCAGUCUCCUCUCGCCGAGGAGGCCACCCCUGAGGUCCAGGCUCUUGAGGUCGAGGCCGAGCCUGAGCAGGCUCAAGUUGAGGUCAACAGGGCUCCAUCUGAGCUCGAGGCCGAAACGGUCCCCGAGUCCGAGGUCGUCGCUGCCGUUGUGCCCAAGAGCGAGACCAAGGCCGAGCUUCACGGUCGUGACCGCAAGGAUUCCGGCAAGGAGCUCAGUGACGAGCUUCCCAUCACCCUCAGCACUGAGCCCGUCAUCAAGGAGCUCGACGCUGCUUCUCAUGACCUCCCUUACCGCCCUCGCGUCAACCGGGAAGCCGACUCUGGCUUCUGGGAGCCUACUACUCCUGGCGAGGCUGAGGCCAGCAAGCGGCACAGCUUCUUGGAGCUGCAGUCUGCUCCUGGCGUUUCCGAGCUUGCGGCUGACUCCGAAGAGGAUGCCAAGCAGGACAAGGGCAAGGCCGUCGACGCCGAGACCGAGUACCUCCACCUUUCGGCCAUUCCCGAGAGCGGCGAGACGGUUGUCGAGUCCACCACUGAGGAUGCGCUCAAGAUCUCUCAGGAGGCUGCCGUUGAGGAGGAUGGCGAACCCCAGACUACAGAGAAGGCUGAGACCACACCUGCUGACAAUGAAGUCGACUCCGCCGAUGUACCUGAGCAACAGCUCAGCGAUGCCGCCGCCGAGAGGCAGGACGAGGCGCAGCAUGAGCAUGAGUCAUCACCAAUCGCCCUACGUGAUGCCGCAAAGUCCGUUGUCUCCUUCGCGGUCAGCGACGACCAAAAGGCGGAAUUCGGUGUCCUCCAAGAACCCCGGACCGUUGGUGCCGAUGCGGAGACCAAGUCCACCGCCGGCGACCGCACCGGCGCCGAGCCCGCCGAGUCCGCUCUUGUAUCAGCUCCAAAGGUUUCGUCGAAGAUAGAUGUCUCGGACAAGACCGAGGAGCUGAACGGCGCCGUCCACCCUGGCAUGAACCCCAGGUCCAAGAGCUGGAAGAGGAGACUGAGCAUGCGCGUGCCGGUCCUCUUUGGUCGCGGCAUGUGACUUUCUUCGUGCAUUGAUCAUGACGAUGUUGCGGAUGAUGAUGUUGAUGAUUGCAACGAAUUGAGGGUGUUGCCGCCUAGGAGGAGGAGAUGAAUGAACGCUGAUGGACAUGACGAUGAACAUCACAUCUCCCUCUCUCUCCCCCCUGGUGGUGAAGGAUGCUGUACUAUUUUCCUCUUUUUCUUCUCUGUCUACGGUUCUUUCCUAUGAGCGAUGAUCGCAGCGUGGUUGGGCUGCCGUUUGGUGUUUUGAUCUCAUCUUGUUGUUGUUGUUGGGGCAUGGCAUAUGCAUCUCUGCUUGUUUGUUGUUGCGGCUGCGGUUGCUUUUUCCAGUUUUUGGAUUUCGUAUAUCCAUGGGCAUCGGGCGUUUUAAGGAUCAUCUUUUUCCUAUUUGGUCGGUCGUUUGGAAUUAGAUAUCCACAAUCUUUUUUGCGCGCACUUUGAAGGUUCCAUGGUCAUUUGAUGAAGGUGAAGGUGAAGAUGAAAGAUGAAGAUAGCUACCUGAGUGAUUUACAUGCACAAGUCUGUUUGGCAAGGAGUUCUUUUCGCGUUUGCUUCCAUUUCCCAUUUUCUGCAUUUUCAGUUUCAUUUCCAUGAAGGCGGCAUCGACCUAGAUUGGCACUUUGACUGCCUCAGAGCAGAUCACGUUACGAGCGCUGGAAGGACAAAAUACCUUUACAUUACCCGACAGAUACCACAUGGCGAAAAGACCUCAAUGAUACCUACCUAAUAUCCAAAAAUCUCGGAAUGAGCAGGC